AUCCCCUCUGGUCGAAUGGGAUGUGGUUCCCUGAGAGCUCACACCCACCCACUUCACAAACCGCCAUUUGGAAACCGAAAAAAUAAACAGGAGCCACACAAGCGCAUUGUUUACAUCAAGGGCAUGUCCGCAAGUGAUGCACAGUGUGAGAACAUGAUUGAGGAUAAAGAUGAAAAGGUGGAGUUAAUGGAGGAGGGAAAAGAGGAACCAAAGAAAACUGACGAGGAGCACUCCAUGGAUGGUCGCAGAAAACCACGGAAUCGACAACAAAUGUUUGAUCUCAACGACAUCAUUAAAGGGAAGCGGGAGAAGAAGACUGUGCAGAGAUUGGAUUUUCAAGUUGCAAAACCUAAGGAGCGUCUUAAGAUUGAAAAUGGCAAAGGAGAUAAACUGGGAGAUAUUGCAAGAGCAAACCACCAAAUUGGAAGGAUGAAACCUCCGGAUCUGAAGCCUCUCCACAAAAUUCUUUUUGACAGACCCGGAGCUGUUUCAAAUAUGAGAAAGAACAUGCGACUUUUCAAUGGCUUCCUAUUUGAUGUCGACAGUGAUCUCUAUGCCAAAAAACAGAAGAUGCUGUUAAAGUUAACAAACACAAAACUGAGGACAAUCUGCAAGGUGUUGGACCUGGAGAGGGGGGGGACCCAGUCUGUUCUUGCAGACAGAAUCCUGACUUUCCUCAUGGCGCCAAAAAUCACAGGAAAGCUCGUCAUUUUGAAGAAGAAAAAGAAAUCCAAGAAGAACAUCUCUUCCAAAGACUCCACAGGCAAGACCAAAGCCAAACCCAAGAGUGCUAGUCCCAGGAAGUCCAAAGCAGAGAGUAAGUCCAAAGCCAUUGUCACUGACUCCAGCAGUGAAGAUGAGGACGAGGAUGAGGAAGAGGACAAGCCAGGGGUCACCGCAGAGCUGGACGAGUCAGAGACAGAGAAGAAGGGUGGGAAAGCUGCCAAAAAGGAAGAGCAGAUGUCCAGUGAAGACACGGACGAUUCUGAUGAUGACAUGGAUGUCGAAGAGGAGGAAAAGGCGUCCAAGUCGAAGCCAGCCGCCAAAGGGAAGGCCACAUCUAAGAAGACCACACCUGUCAAAAAGAGACCGGUAAAGGUGACGGCUCCCCCGAAAAAUAAAUCACAAGAGGUGGUGUCGGAUUCAGAGUCCAUGUCUCAAUCUGACAACGAGAAAGACAGCGACAGUGAAAUUGAGAGAGCAAGAAAGACUAAAAAGAAACCACCAGCGAAGAAAGCGCCAGCAGCCAAGCCAGCAGCCAAGACCAAGAAAGCAGACAGUAGCAGCAACAGACUGAAAAUAACCACGGACAAAGACGCAGUCGUUGACGACAACUCAGACGAUGACGAGCCAUUGAUCAAGAUGAUCAAGAAGCCUCCUUCGGACGAGCAGUUGAAGGAGAUGUUGAAGAGCAUACUGAAAGACGCCAACCUGGAGGAGAUGACAAUGAAGCACAUCUGCCAGAAGGUGUACGACACGUACCCUGCAUAUGACCUGACUGGUAGAAAAGACUUCAUCAAGAAGACAGUUAAAUUGCUGAUCUCUUAAAAGAACCUUGGACAGAGGGCAGUUAGCACCCAUGGUGUAAAUGAAUGUUCUGUAAAUGGAAUAUCAAGAGAAUGUAUGAACCUACGGUAUAACCACCAGUCUAUCUCCGCCUACUUUGUUGUCUAUUUUUUAUACAUUUGUUUUCACUGUGUAAUCUUCAUUCCUGACUCUGAUCUUUUAUUUCAGUUUUUCAAUGUAAUUCACCAGCUAUUACGGAAUCUGUACUUUGUUGGCCACCAUUAUUUUAGAGAAUUACCUCAAUAAAUCAUAGAAAAUACAUUUUAUGGAUUAUUUAGGAGAAUGUUUCUCAUUGUUCCUUUUGUGCACAGGAAAAUGGGUGCACAGACUGGCAAUAACAAAUGCCCAUUGAAUACUUGGAUCAUUUUCCAAACAAGAUGGAAUUAACAACCUGACUGUACCAUGACAUUUUUUAAAGAACGUUUUGCAGGUCAAAAUGGCAAGAUUUGGAAAAGAGGUUUUGAGUAUUUAUUGUUGUGGUUGAGUUCAUGGGUUGCCAAAUUGUUUACUUUAACAUUUGUAGAACUAAAUGUUUUUAUAUGUAAAUGUGUACAUACGUUUUUGAUUAGUUAGCUCAUCAAGUACCAUAUACUAGAAUUGUUUAUUUUGUAUUGUUACUUUGUUUAGUUCUGUUUCUUUGGUCGGUGUUAUUUUUAAAGUAGCACUUCCAUUAAACUGUUUGUUAUUGAAAUGGUGAUUUGCAUACCGAUUAAACGUGUUUUUUUAAUAAAAAUUGCA